AUGCUGGGCGGUCUCCUCGACGACCUCAUGGGGGGUUACAAGAAUGCCGAGCUCAAGGGCUCGGUGGUCCUGAUGCGCAAGGACGCGCUCGAACUCAACGACUUCGCCGCCAACGCCAUGGACAACAUCUCCGAGUUCCUCGGUGUCGGUGGCAUCACGUGCCAGCUCAUCAGCUCCACCGUCGUCGACCAAAAAAACGGGAACCGCGGAGGCGGGGUGGUCGGAGCCGAGGCGAGCCUGGAGCCGUGGCUCUUCCCCACGAUCCUGCCAAUGAUCACCGCAGGCGAGUCCAAGCUGGGCGUCACGUUCAACUGGUCCGUCAGCAAGCUGGGGGUGCCCGGCGCCAUCAUCGUCAAGAACUACCUCACCUCCGAGUUCUUCCUCAAGACCAUCACCCUCAACAACGUCCCCGGCACCCGCACCGGCACCGUCGUCUUCGUCGCCAACUCGUGGGUGUACCCACAGCCAAUGUACGGCGACGACGACCGCGUCUUCUUCGCCAACGACACGUACCUGCCGCACCAGAUGCCGGAGGCGCUCAAGCCGUACCGCGACAACGAGUUCCGCAUCCUGAGGGGCGACGAGUAUGACGGACCCUACCAGACGCACGACCGAGUCUACCGCUACGACGUCUACAACGAUCUCGGCGAAUUCAGGCCCAUCCUUGGCGGCACCGAGGAACACCCCUACCCACGCCGGGGCCGCACCGGCCGCUCGCUCUCCCAGACCGACUCUAGGUACGAGACCCGGCUGUUGCCCGUGGUUGAACACAUCUAUGUGCCACGCGACGAGGUGUUCGGCCACCUGAAGAUGACAGAUUUCUACGGUUACACGAUCAAAGCGCUCGUCGAUGGCAUCAUUCCGGCCAUCCGCACGUACGUCGACCUCUUCACCGACGAAUUCAACUCCUUCCAGGACGUCGUCAUGCUCUACGAGGGCGGCAUCCAGCUGCCCGACAUCCCGGCACUGGACGAGAUGCGCAAUCUAUUCCCGCUCCAGCUCGUCAAGGAUCUCAUCCCCAUGGGCGACGACUACAUCCUUAAGCUCACUAAGCCACAAAUCAUCAAGGGGAAUGAGAAAGCAUGGAUGACCAACGAUGAGUUUGCUAGGGAGAUGCUUGCCGGUGUUAACCCGAUGAUGAUCAAACGGCUCACCGAGUUUCCUCCCAAAAGUACUCUUGAUCCCACCAAAUACGGCGACCACACCAGCACCAUCACCGAGGCUCACAUCGCGAAGAACCUCGAGGGCCUCACAGUGGAGCAGGCGCUCACUAGCAAUAGGCUCUACAUCCUGGACCACCAUGACAACCUGAUGCCGUUCCUGAUGGACAUCAACAACCUGGGAGAAACCUUCGUCUACGCCACAAGGACUCUGCUCUUCCUGCGAGGCGAUGGCACACUUGCCCCGGUCGCCAUCGAGUUGAGCCUGCCCCUGCUCCAGGGGAGCCUAAUCACUGCGAAUAGCACAGUGUACACGCCGGAGUCGACCGGCGUCAACGCCUGGAUAUGGCAGCUCGCCAAGGCCUACGUCCAAGUAAACGACUACGGCUGGCACCAGCUCAUCAGCCACUGGCUCAAGACACAUGCGGUGAUGGAGCCCUUUGUGAUCGCGACCAACCGACAGCUGAGCGUGACCCACCCGGUGAACAAGCUCCUGAGGCCGCACUACCGUGACACAAUGAACAUCAACGCGCGGGCGCGGGAGUCUCUCAUCAACACCAAUGGGAUCGUCGAGAUAACAGUGUUCCCCCGCAAGUUUGCCAUGGCCAUGUCGUCCGUUGUCUACAAGAACUGGAACUUCACCGAGCAGGCUCUCCCCGACGACCUAAUCAAGAGGGGCGUGGCAGUUGAGGACCCAUCAAGACCGUACAAGGUGCGGUUGCUAAUCGAGGACUACCCGUACGCUGUGGACGGACUGGCCGUGUGGGACGCCAUCGAGCAAUGGGUCACAGAGUACCUAGCCAUCUACUACCCCAACGACGACAUGGUCCAGGGCGACCAUGAGCUACAGGAGUGGUGGAGGGAGGUGCGCGAGUUCGGGCACGGCGACCUCAAGAACGCGGAGUGGUGGCCUAUGAUGCAGACGCUAUCUGAGCUGGUGAAGGCAUGCACCACCAUCAUCUGGACCGGGUCCGCGCUGCACGCUGCCGUCAACUUUGGGCAGUACCCGUACGCGGGGUACCACCCGAACAAGCCAUCAGUGAGCCGCCGCCCGAUGCCAGAGAAGGGCACCGAGGAGUACGCGGAGCUGGCACGCAAUCCAGAGAAGGUGUUCCUCAGCACCAUCACCAACCAGUUCCAGGCUCUCGUCGGCAUCUCUCUGCUAGAGAUCCUUUCCAAGCACGCCUCCGACGAGGUUUAUCUCGGGCAGCAUGACACGCCAGGAUGGACGUCGGACACCAAAGCACUGGAGGCGUUCAAGCGGUUUGGUGCGAGGCUGGAGGAAAUCGAGCGGCAGGUGGUGGCCAUGAACGCAAAUCCGCAGCUCAAGAACCGCAGCGGCCCGGCCAAGUUCCCCUACAUGCUGCUCUACCCCAACACCUCCGACCACAAGGGCAACGCUGAAGGGCUCACGGCCAGGGGCAUCCCCAACAGCAUCUCCAUUUGA